CUAUAAAGACGUUGCCUUUGGAAACAUCUUACUGCUUGGCAGCUAUCCAGAGUUCAGACUUGGCAGCAUCAAGGACACAACACAAGCAGACAUUUUGGAGAUCAAAGAUGGGUAGAAAAGAUGCUUCCACUACAAAACUUCCUGUUGAUCAGUAUAGAAAGCAAAUUGGUAAACAGGAUUAUAAAAAAACCAAACCUAUUUUACGAGCAACCAAAUUGAAAGCAGAAGCAAAGAAAACAGCAAUAGGCAUAAAGGAAGUUGGCCUUGUACUUGCAGCUAUAUUAGCCCUCCUCCUGGCUUUCUAUGCUUUCUUUUAUCUCAGACUGUCCAUGGAUGUUGACCCUGAUCUGGACCCAGAUGAAGAUUAGCUGAGCAACAAUCAAUGCAUGAAUGGGAAAUACUUUUACAAAAGCACAUUUUGGAACCAAUACUUUUCUGAAGUACUAAAACUGCAACAUCUUGAAUUCUUUCUUCUGGUAUUUUCAGUUUGCAGAAAUAUCUUUUUAAAUAGUUGCAUAGGAUAUCAAGAAAAGAACCUUACCUAGCAAUGUGAUAAAAUAUAUGCUACCAGAUACUUUUAUAAAUCUUUCUGCUUUGACAGGCACACUGUACAUGGUGCAUUUAGAUAAAAUGGAAAAUGCAUCCUAAAUUUUUCAGAUGUCUUAGCCAAUUUAUAUGUAUAACUCCAUCCCUUACAGAUUACUAAAUCUAUUUUUGUUCUAUAUACAUCACAAGUAAAAGUAUAUACAGUAUUCUCAUUUACAGAAACACUCAAAUCA